CUGGCCUCACUCUAAUAUCCAACUACCGCCCACCCGAGUACGUACAAUCCCCCCUCCCCCCUUCGCUCCUUUCUCUCCCCGCUGUUGACGACCUCGACGACGACCCGCCCGAAGGCCCUGACGACGGCGACCCCGCAAACACCGCCUGCCGCACACUUUAGCCCACAAUAGUGUCACCCAUUGCUAUUUUCCGCUAGCUGCUAUGUUUGCUUCGACCCCAAGCUCCGACUACGUCUCUUUCAGGCCUAUAAGACGCGACCCUAGCGCAUCCCCGUCUUGUCGCUACAACUUCAGCACUCCCCCACGCUUUGCAGUAGAAUCCUUGGUCCGCGACUCGCCCAUGCUCACGCCUUCGCCGCUGCGCCGCCACGCGCCGCCAUCCGCAGAACCGAUGGACAUGGACGACAUCUUCCAAUCUCCUGCUGCAAGGCCGUCUUCCUACACUCACCACCCUCCCGCGCGACCAUCGCGAUCCCACAGCCAUACCGACGACAUGGACGACGACUUCGACAACUCGCACCUCGCGCCGUCCUCGUCCUUUUCUAUUUCGCGUAAUAUGGCGCCACCAACCUCUCCCUACACCCUCCUCACUCCUCUCCGCACCCCCGUCAAGUCCUCGCCGCGUUUUCCCGGGACGCCGGAUCGUCCUGCUCUCUCUGACAAGUACGUUAACACCCUGUCCUCUGCCUCUCAAGGCUUCGCCGCAGGUUCGAAGCGGAAGCCCACGCCCAACCAGUGCGUGACGCCACCCCGUCCCAGAGCUCGCACUCCGUUGCAGGUCGCGUCGGCCAAGGAACAGCCUGAAGGCGACUCCUCAUCAGUUCCGUUCGACCGUCUGGCGCCCCUCCCAGCUCCACGCUUCAGUUUCCGCACGCCACAGUCGAACACCGAGACGGACCUGCAUCUCAAACGGCAAGCAGAGACAAUGACCAUGCUCAAGAUUUCUGACUUGCGGCAUUCAGACGACGAGAGCGGGUAUGACUCGAGCCCGGACAUCCGAGCGGUAAGGGACGACGGGCAGGCGCUGUUUGACGGGGGCUCUCUGGCGCGGACGCCCCUUCAUUCAGCUAAGGGGAAGGGCAAGGGCAAGUCACCUGCGCUCGAGAUGUUCAUUAGGACUGGGCAGAUGAACAACGAAGAGGUUGCAGAGGCCAUCUCGCCGGGCGGGCACGUCACGAAGCGGCGUGCGCGUUCCCGCCCGGUCUCCGCAGAGCUGCUAGAGUCGGCUCAGGGCGCUGCUCAUGCAGAGUUUGCAAAUCAGGUGCCAGUCGUUCCACCUCUAAGCGGACCGCGCAGCGCAAGCUCUGUUGCCUUUCCUCGCCGCCGGCGCGCGUCUACCAGCUCUACGAGCGAGUCUGAGUCUGGUUCGCCUGUCCCGCGCCUUCGCCUCACUCCAGGCGCUCUUCCCCGCAUUCGCACGCAGUCCCAGGCGCAUACAAGGGGCCCUCUCAGUCGUAUCACCAGUACGGGCUCAGCGACCCAAUUCUUCGGCCCCAGUAUUCCCAGUCCUAGGCCUGGCAAGAAGAAAUCGAAGAUGGGUUCUAUUGCAAGUCCUCGCCGCGGUACGAACCUCGCCGCUACGAAAGAGGCUUAUCCGGCGACGGAGCGCCCGAAGGCGUCCAACCGUCACAGUUACUGUGAAUCGCCUGCCAUGCCUUCUGCCUGGAUGUGGCACGAGCGUGCUGCUUCGUCGCCGGUCUCGUCUCCUAACUGCCGCAAGAGGGACGACUCGUCAGAGGACGAGGAGGACCGUUUCUUCAGCGGACCACCCGACACGUCCUUCAGCUUCAGUAUCGCUUCUGGGACGCCCAGCCCCAAGAAGAGACAAAAGCGCGAGGCUCCGCCUUCGCCGCUGCAGAAGAAGUUCAGGCCCCGCGAUUCUGGAAUCGCCCUCUAUUCUAGUGAUGAGGACUGCAGCGGGUUCCAUAUGCUUGGCGGCGACCCGUUCCUGUCGUCCAUGCCUCGCGCUUCGACCUCCGUCAGCACGGUCAAUUCAUCGGAGGGCGACGACCAUGCUCUCAUCACACCUGGCUUCGGGCCCAGCGCGUCGUCUGGCUGGCCCGGCACCGAAGUCAACAUCGUUCAGCCGGGCGAUGAUUCAGACGACAUGGGGGCUUUCAUCUACCGGACCCUCACCGCUGGUGCCAGCAAGUCCGCGCCUGGCCACAACUCGCCGAAGCGGGUGCCGGGUACCCCUCAGAAGAAGAUGAAGACCGCACACCUCGGCCAGCGUCCAUGGCAGAGCGCCGUCGCGUCAAAGAUCGGCUUCCCUGAGUUCGACGAGGACGGGCCGAAGGGCAAAGGGAAGGGCAAGGGCAAGCCGCGCAAAUCGCUGCCCGCCGCAUUCCCGGUCCUCGGCAAGGAGAACCGCGCGUCGAGCAAGGCACGCAUCGGGCAUCAUCUGGGGCGGGAGUCGGUGGACAUGGACACCGACAACGAGGACGAGCUGAGCCCAAGCACGACGCGCCAGAGCAAGUAUGAUGGCCUGGGGCUCGGGCGCCCGUCCGGCGUGCUCCCGGGCUUUACAAGAACGAGCGGUGAGAAGGGCAAGCCGAGCUGGCUGACCCGCAGGAGCAGCAGCGGUAACUUCUCAAGCGGCAGUGAGACGCCGGGCUCUGCCUCUGCGACGCCGACCCGACUUGGGGCGAGAGAAUGGACCUUGGCUCCUCCCAGGCUUCCGCAAGCGCCUACCACACCAAGCUCGACAGCCACUGCAACUGCAAACUCGCCUGAGGCUACUACCAGGCAGCUUCGUAGUGGGGUGUCUGCGGUCCCUCAGCCGACGCCGGUGCGCGCACCGCUGUUCACCCGUCCACAGACGCACGCCCAUCCCGCUCGCAUGCCCCAUGGUCACACUUCGCCUCUACGGCCCACCGCGCGGGGGCGCCUUUCCCUCGCAUCGGGCGAAGAGCAGCCGGGGCGAUUCGAUCGCGAUCUCAUCGAGGUCGACGAGGUUGGCAAGGGCGAAUUCGGACGGGUGAUGAAGGUGCGCUACAAGGACGGCGCCUUUGCUGGGCGUGGCAAGGGGGGCGAGCUGUACGCCGUCAAGAAAUCGAAGCGGUUCGAGGGCGCUAAGCAUCGGUUGCGACUUCGCGAGGAGGUGGACAUUCUGUCCAGCUUGUCUGCGCGCGGAGGCCAUCCCAGCGUCCUGACGUAUGUCGAUAGUUGGGAAGAAGACGAGACGCUGUAUAUGCAGACGGAGUUGUGCGCUCUCGGCAACCUCGCGCACUUCUUGCAGGCAUAUGGGCGGGCUUACCCGAAGCUCGAUGAAGGCCGUGUGUGGCGGAUCCUGGCAGAACUGAGUGUAGGCUUGUGCUUCAUUCACGAUGCUGGUGUCAUCCAUCUGGAUAUCAAGCCGGAAAACGUCUUCAUUGCGGGCUCAGGGCGGUUCAAAAUUGGCGACUUUGGCAUGGCGUCUGUGUGGCCACGUCCGCCGCCGCCGUCGGACACGAUCGUCAGCAACGCGUUCGAGCGCGAGGGUGACAAGCUCUACCUCGCGCCCGAGGUUCUUCAGGGUCGUUACGGAAAGGCGGCUGACGUCUUCAGCCUGGGUAUGACGAUCCUCGAGGCGGCGACCAACAUAGUCGUGCCUGGACAGGGCGAGUCAUGGCACCGACUUCGGCAAGAAGACUUCUCUCAGGUCGACAACGAACUUGAGUCCCUGACCGAGGAACUUCAAGCUCUGAUCUGUGGCAUGAUGCGCACGGACCCUGCCGUGCGUGUCGAGAUCGGUGCAGUCGCCUCACAUCCUGUCGUCUCGCGCGCACGGGCAGCGAUGGACGAUGUGCGAGCUGCCCAAGGGGAUGUGUUUGCUGCUAGCCCAUUGGGUGGCGGUGGCAGUCACUUCCUCGACGAAAUCCUCCUGCGUUCACGAUGGGCAGGAGACGCGAUGGACACUGGAUAUUGAAUACGCGGAGGUAAUGCGGGUCCCGCCGCUGGGACUUUGGUUGAUCGUUAUGCACUGUACUCUUCUCUUGAUUGACUUCACCGAUCAUCCCCUUUGACUGUUUUGGUUCAUUGAUUGGGCUUCGGUUGGUUCGGUUGGUCAUCUUCCUAUGGAUGUCCUCUUUCUAUACUCCUACGCUUAUGCGAGUUGGGUUCGCCUUGACUUCGAUCUUGAUUAUUCCAUUAUGUACUCUUUUUGUCUCCUUGCGCGUAUGGCCUCUUGUUCUAUCUUGCAUCAACACUCCGCACCCUCGUCACGACCCGCAACACCCCUCUUAUCCCCGGUAUCAUAUACCUCGCACACAUGUGCCGUCUUCCGGUCUCGUCGUACAUCUGCAUCCGGUUGCCCGCGUUUGGUUCAUUCCCAGUAUCUAGUUGCAAAUUGCUUCCUUGCAUGGCUGUUGACAGUGACACGAUAAUGUACGUAGCGUAACGAAAUAUCAUGUGCAUAUUUGCCCCGUA